UGGUUCUCCCGCCAACUGGGUUUGUUUGUGGUUCUUCUAGGCUAUUCGGUCUAGUAAGGAUUUUUGCAAACACUAGUGAAGAAAAGUCUUAUUCAAGGGAAACAAAAUGUAGAAAGAAGAUCCAUGGUUUUCUUUCAUAACAUCAAUUCUGGGGCUCGUGUGCAAGUGAGAUGGCGAGGAGAGAUCGAAAACGGGACAAUCCGAUAUGCGGGAAGCUUGGUGGCGAAAGAUGGCGAAUGGGUUGGCAUUGAACUAGACAAUAGAGGUAGUGUUAAUUAACCCUUCGAUCUUGGCCAGAAAGUUCAUCAUAUUAUAAUCCAUUUAACCUCCAUGCCGAAGUGAUCUAUCAUAGAAGCUCGUUUAACAAAUAGCCAAUUCUGUACGACAUCACUAACACAUUCUUUCACACUUCAUUAUUUCACGUACCUCGUGUUUUCUACGUAAACCAUACAACCAGCGCUUUCUACGAUAAUAUUAAUCCCAAAAAUGAAGCAACCGUAUCAUCCACAUCGAAGCCAUCAUUUCCUGGAGUAAUCGUGCAUUUUUCCCCUUCAGCUAUAUGAUGGUUUCCUCUUCUAAAAUCAACCCAAUCAAUAGCUUUGAGUGACAUAAAACAGUCCCAACGUAACUAUCGUGGUAACCCUGGAUUGCUGUCCUCUAUAGCGCAAAACAAUUAUCGAAAUGACAUUUAUUCUGCUUACCCACAAAUACCCAUCUUAGCAUUAACAGCAUUUAUUUUGGUAGCGAAAGUAAUGAUUGUAUUUAUGACUGGUUUUUCUUCAAGUUGGUAAUACAAGCGGCCUGUACAAGGGGAUCCAGUACUUUCACUGUAGAGAUGGCCAUGGAAUAUUCACACAUGCAAGAAACAUCAGAUUCAUUCCAAGUCAAAGAAAGUAAGUUAUUACCAGAAAAUAUUGCAGACUCAAAAACAGGCCAGUGGUGCUCACCACCUCUCUAAAUCAUAGUAGUUGCAUAUAGGUGGUAAUAAAAUGCUACCAUUUCUCGUGUAAGGAAAUUAUUUUACAGGUUAGCUACAAAGGAAAAUAUUGGAUAAAAUAGAAAUAAAUAUGAUUUAUUUCAUUUUAUUGUGAUCUUAUCUUUGUCUUGCUAAUCACUUUUUGAAGAAAACCGCGGAAUUUUUCAGAUACUUGAAAGGAUUAUCAUGUCUAAUUUUUCCUUUUUAGGUUACAUGAUACAUUCAAGGUAGUUUCCAGGACCUCAUCUGUUGAUGAGACUCUCUUUUCCAAAACUGAAGGUAAAGGACAGCAGUCAUACUUCACUCUUAGACUUCUUUUCAUAAUGCUGAACCUGUCUGUUAGAUCUUGUUUCAAAUGCAUAUAUGUUUCCUGAAUAAUGGAAUGUUCUUCCAAGUUGGGUUGACUGUGAUCUUUUUUUCCUUCACAGUGACCCCAGUGAAGAGUUACUCUGACCCUGAAGUCAUAAGCACUAAGCAUCUGGACAGGAUCAAAACAAUGAUUCAAGGUCUUUUCAUCUCUCUCAUAACUGACUAAAUUUUGUAUGAAUAUGAAACACAUGUGGUAUAUGUAGUGACUGCCACUGUAUGAGUCAAGAGUCAGAGGGCAUAUCAACAUAAAAACAAGCCAUGCUCCAACCAAUAUAUAUGUUGGUUGACACUCAACUGAUACUCAUUCCAUUGUUAGUCAAUGGUCAAUGAGUCAGUCAAGGUGAAGGAAGGCUGAUGUCAUGACUUAGAGACUUUGACAAACCAUCAAUCAAGCAGAUCAAGUGCCAGUCAACAUCAGGCUGAACAUGGUGUAGACUACUGACCAAAAUAUUGACUAACUAUCCUUCAAUACAUCAAUCUCUCGCGAGCUGAAAUAUUGAUCUUCUAAAAUAUUGUGUGGCUACCUAUGGUAACCAUUAUUGAUAAAUAUCAUCAAACUAUCACCCAGGUAAAUUUACCGCCAAUUUUUUACCUUCAGAAAUUUUCAGAGGUGUGCAGGCAAUGAAGAUUAAUGGUCAAAAUUGCAAGGGCUGUCUCAUUUUUUAACUCCAACUUGACAACUUAAAUCAUAAUUUUCUUUUGACAGGGGAAUUUUCUUGGCCUGAACCGAAAACCCGGUUUAACAAAAGCCAUUUAGUUGGAGCUCACAUCCCAUCAGCAACAAGAGAGAGAAGUCUCUCAGCAACUACCUUCAAGCCAGAGGAAGACUACAGCUUUAACAAACACUUCAUUUCUCCUUCAUCAAUUCCAAACAUUCAUGUACCUCGGCCCAUUUUGAAGAGAAUGUUAAGAUCUGAAUACUUUGGGACAACAAUUCCAAGGUAUUCUAGUCUUUCGUAA